UUGGGGCUCCUGCAUCUGCUUCCAAGGCGUCUCGUUGCUUGCCACAGCCUGAAGCUUCGCAACGCCCGCCGAACAUGCGGGCAUAGGCUUGCCAGCACUCCUCCGCACUCCUACAGUCCUACAGCUUCUGCUGCUCCUCCUGCUCCCCCGUCACCCGUCAACACCCCCCAGCACCAUAUCUAAGAUGACCACCAUCCUCACGCUCUUAUUAUCCUAGCGUGCAUCCUGCCGCGGUAUUUUGGAUGCAACCCCUUGGCAUAUCAGUGCCCUGUCCGAGGCGGCCCUGAUCUUAUCAAAACCAGGACCAAGCUCCCUCUUCAACUAAAUAAUACCCACCCAGACGUGCCUUUCUAUCCUCCAUUAAGAUUUGCCCCUCAUCACUUUGUUUAUUCUUUUUACGCACACUAUACAACCGUCCAACCAUUUGCAGAUGCUACGCUGUUGACGUUUUGCAAUAUCCAUUUACCACAUCUCUAUACCCUUCCCACCGCCGUUACCAUGUCGUCACCUACCACCCAACCAGCCGAUGUCCAGAAGCCGGAGAACACCAACAACAAUGCUGCCGCUGCCCCAAGGAAGCGUAGAAGAAGAGCGCCUGCCACCGGUGCCAGUGAAGAUUGCUUUACAUGCAGAAAACGCCAAAUAAAAUGCGAUCGCCGCAGACCCUACUGUGGACAAUGCAUAGAAAUAGGGAAAGAAUGUUCUGGCUACCGCACUACCCUCACCUGGGGUGUAGGGGUUGCCAGUCGUGGGAAGCUUCGAGGCAUGUCUCUGCCCGUUCCCAAAUCACCUACCCAAACCACGAACACUGCACGGGAUUCUAAGUCCCAAACGACAUCCUCCUCGGUCACCACUGCAGCCACUCCCGUAACCACUGCCCCGUCAGGUCCCAUCAAGCUUGAAAGCAGAGGUAGCGUAGACUUUGGAGCAACAUCUCCAAUGAGUCCUACUAGCCCCAAUCUGUUUUCCGCUCCACAGGAGUAUCAAUACCUCACAUCGACAAGCCCAAUCCCGAUUCCUUCACCGACCACUCCAAUGGGAUUCUCCAUUCCAAAUUAUGGGGAACAUAUGGACCCGUUCACCCACCAUUCAUCCAAAUUGAGGCGGACACACAUCCACAGGGGUCCUCUGCAACGGCUCCAGACUUCACUCCAUGUCCCUUACGAGGAGAUGGGUCUUUCUGCUUCUUCUGCUUCUCUUGGCACAUAUAGCGAUAGUGAUUUCCCGUCUCCGGGAGAGUUUCCCCAUACUCCUCAUGAUGAAUUUCCUUUCGCCGAGUCUUCUGUUCCUCAGUAUCAAUCUCUUAUCUUUCACGAUCAAACGCCUAUGAGUUCUUCCGAAUGUCUUCAUUUCCACGAAGCGCCUCGAUCGUUACCGAUGGCAGACGACAUGAGCUCUAGCAUUAGCUCUGACCAAAGUGUACAAGAUUACACCGAAGUCACUGCCGGGCAGCACAAUAUGGGCCCACCUGCUUUUCCAGAUAUUUUUAUUGAGGGGGAAUUGAGUUCUAGUGUCAAUGGUCUACCUCAGUCUGGUUUUCCUUUUGUCCCCUCCGAGGGUAUGUCUUCCGUUGGUUCAGGCCCCCUAAUUUUGAACGAAUCCCAACUCACCACUUCCAUUCCCCAGAGUCUUAUCGCUUCACCCCUUUCCCCGCGGAUGCAAUUCCUGCUGGACUACUACGACAAAUUUAUAUGCCAUGUACUGGUCGCUUUUGACGACACACCGGGAACGAAUCCCUAUCGGACGCACGUCAUUCCCCUGGCCAUGAGGAGUGAGGGUCUCCAGAAUGCCAUUGCCGCACUCGCCACAAACAACAUGCGUAUGCGCGGUGGCAUCGAGGGAAGACGACUCAGUCUACCUCAAAAUUCUCAGCUACUGCCAGAUCAUGCAUUCUCUCAGAUGACGACGUUUGAGCUCCGGGAAAUGCACGGCGAGGCUACCAAUGAGGAGAAGCAUUACAAGGCCAACUCAAUCACUUUCCUCAACCAGCAACUUGCGGACCCUGCAGGUGCGCAUGACGACUCGGUGCUCGCCACACUUCUUGUUCUUUGUCUUUUCCAUGUGUGUGAUUCGGGCUUUACGAAAUUUAAGACUCAGCUUGCCGGCGUGCAAAAGCUACUGAGCAUGAGGGAUAGGAGUGUGCAAUCAAAUUUCAUUGGAUGGAUCGAGGUCUUUUUCACUUGGUUCGACGUUAUGACUAGUACGCUUAAUGAUAGGGAGACUGAGGUCCAGGGCGACUCGCUGGACAUGAUGAAUGUUACUACAAAUUUGGGCGCAUUGGAGCAUUAUUCGGGUUGUGAAGGCCGUCUGUUCAAGCUGAUUGCUAGGCUUGGGAGACUCAACCUGUUAAGCCAGAAUCGACCGGUCCGGGAAAGCAAAGAUACACCACGCGCCUCUCCUCAGCCGAAACAGCAGAGAGACUUCUACUCCUUCAAUUUCGACCGUCUGGAUGGAAACGGCUGGGGUACACCUGUGCACGAAUGCCUGGAUCCACUGAACUCAGUUUCUGGUAACGAAUUGCGAUCAGAGUUCUGGGUAGAGUGGACGGACGUACGCAGUCGACUCGAGACCUGGAAAUUCGAUUCGACCAAUGAGAUGCAGGCAGAUGCAUGCAACCGGUCGAGAUCCUUGCUCACUCUAUCACAAGAACAGGCUGCGCUGCUGCACAUCAGCGAGAGCUUCAGAUACGCUGCACUGCUCUACACCGAACGCCUUGCGUACCCCACACCGCGGUCCAGUGCGCCCAACUUCCAGACACUGGUUGGCCAGGGUCUCUUCCACAUCUCGCAGAUUGGAAUCACAAGCUGCGUCAACAAGUUCCUACUCUGGCCUCUGUUCAUGAUCGGAACUGAGUGCGUGGAUCCCGCGCACCGUGCCAUCGUGCGACAGCGAUGCGUUGAGAUCCAGCGCGAGAGUGGUUUCUUCAACAAUCUCAGCGGUCUGGAGGUACUAGAGAGGGUGUGGCAGGAAGAUGACGAGAGGGGUAUCAAUGAUGAGGUACAGUCACAGUGGCAUGGGUCCUACGGUGCACAGCAGCAGGCGUUUCGGUGGAGAAAGGCCAUGGACCGUGUGGAUGGUGAAUAUAUUAUGAUCUAACUGCAUCACGCACUUGUUUUUUUACCCAUGCAUUAUUGGUCAGGAAAAGGGUAAUGGGUUUUUUCUUUUCAUUCUGGACAUGUAUCGGAGUAUCGGACUAAGUCUCUCUCACAUAUGUAUCGGAGCCGCAGGAGGCAUGGUUCUGCGUAACGAUUGUCAUUUUCUCUACUUUCCAGACCCACGAUGGGGCAGUUCUUUUUUUUCUUUGACAUGUUUUAAUAAUCUCAUGCUUGUUAUGGCGUCAGCGACCAGGCUCUUAAGUGCCUCGGAUCUCUCCUCAUAGUACGACACACAAAAGCACAGUCAUGAAUGCAUGCAAUAAAAGGCGCUAUUGGCAGCAGCGCGCUCACUUCACUCAAAAAA